AUGUUCUCACCAACCCUCCCGCUCUUUCGCGCGCUACGGCGUCUCGCGCUCACGACCAAGCGCGCCCGCAAAGGAUACUACAAGGGCAACCGGACCGGCUCGAUGGGGUGGCAUACCAAGCACGGAGGCUACAAGCUCGAUUUCUCGAAAGUCAGGACGUAUGUUGUGCCGGAGAGGUUGGACAGUUUCAAUCUUACGCCGUUCGUUGCGAAGCGGAUAGAGGCACCGAAGGGCCAGGCGAUGAGGGGACAGAGCUAUCUGGAUAAGUGGAAGAUGGAGAAUGGGCAGGGAUGA